UUCUUCUUCGUUUGAGGGGCAGUGAAGGACCCCUGGAGAGCAGCUCCAAACUUUCUUCCUCACUCACUCGCUCCUCCAAACUUCCUUCAAGUCGCUUUGGAUGGUCUUACGCGUCUCGUCUCUCCAGGCUUUAAGAAGCUUCAGCUCAGCAGGACUCUGGUCACUCUUGUGAUUUUGCGGGUUAUGAGGAUUUAGCGGAUUUUGUCGACGAUGUCUUCGAGCGGUUGGCUGGUAGCUCUUGUGUUUUUGUGGAGUUUUGCUGGAAGUCCGGCAGCUUCACAGCACAGACACGGCAGACACGGCAACAAGAACUGGUGUGCGUUUAUUGUCCAAAAGAAUGUGAGCUGCGCAGUGCAGGCAGGCUUGGAGGGUCCCGCGGAGGCUGCACCCUGUCCCGUGAACCAGCCUGACUGCCAGCAGCAGAUGAGGUUUCGGACCCAUUUUCUACCCACUUACAGGAUUUCCUACAAGACUGUAACUGAACUUGAAUGGAGGUGCUGCCCAGGAUACCAAGGCCCAGACUGCAGAGAACUAAAAGGCUCUCCAAACAGACAGACUUUGCUUGAGCAUCAACCACAGUCGCACCCUCAGCCUCGACACACUGGACACACUAGAACUACACAAAGGACAGAGCGUAGAGAGACAGGGCAAUAUUACAGCUACCAUGGGGCUGAGAAAACCCGUCAGCUUGAGGAAGACGUGCAGCGCCUCUCACAGACGCUGCUGGACCUCCAAGCAUCCGUGGCAAGCAUGCAAACAGACCUGCAGGAUGACACCAGAAAGAUGCUGAUGCACAGCAUGCGUGUGCCAGACAGCGCCAGAACAGGAGACACCGAAGAAAAUGCAGCACAUCUGGAUGGGCACCAGGCCACAAGGGGUCUCACCCAUGGGGAAAGGGGAAUGGAAGAAGUUCUGGCCAGGCUUAACGAUGUAACAGAUGCACUGAAGAAUAAAGAUGAGGUGAUUAAGGAGCUGCGUGACACUGUGACAGGACAUGAUGGGCAGAUCCGUAUGCUUAUGGACACUUCUCAGGGACCGGCGAUCACUCCUGGUGCAUCCUCGGACAUCGAUAUCCUCCAGAGCUACAUUGACAGCAAAUUUGAGAAGCUAAAGAAGGAGCUAGUUGUGGACAUGGAGGGCCAGAUAACCAAGCUGAAAAGUGAAUGUGAUGACCGGAUUCUGGCUCUUCAGAAGACAUGCAAAGAGGGCCAGGACAGAAGCCAGGUUAACCUGACCAAACUAGUGGAGAGCAAGGAGGCUGAGCUCAGGAAAGAGAUCCGUGAGUUGCACCUGGAUAUGGCCAUGUCUGAUGGACUGGUGCGGACUCAGAGGCAAACGACUCAACUGCAAGAGGCCAGUGAUCACAAUGAUCUGCGGCAGGCGCUUCAGCAAGUGGCAGAGGCUCACCGAGUCCUAAAUGCACGUGUGGACAAUGAGCUGGAACACUUGUCGAUGCUGCAGCUCGAGGAUAUUUUUGGGCCUCGCAUAGAUGAGUUGGAGGCCCGGAUGAACGUGACCGAAACGAAUGCAGAGACUUACUGCUUCUAUGUGGAUGAGAAGCUAACCAAGGAACUAGCAGACGAGACGGCAAAGAUUCGCGAGCUCUUGGACGAGAAACUGAGUUCUAUGGAGGACCAGUUUUCAGCCAUGUUGGUUGAAAUGAGCAACAGCUCUUUCCCAGGAAUGUUCAGUGAUUCCAUAGACGGUCUGCAAAUUCAGGUUAACUCCAACAAGUAUUUCAUUCAGGGGCUGGAGGACAAGCUCAAUGUCAUCGGGCAAAUGUGCUCAACAGACUGCAAGUCAAGUCCAUCCAGUGAUACUCAAAACCUUGGAAAUUGGGACAGUAUUGUCAAGGAUGUGAAGCACUGUAGGAAUGGCCUGGAUGUUUUGAAUACUGAUGUUGAGCAAAACUCUGUAAAGCUUGUUGAAUUCAAGGGCAUGAUUGAGCGGUUGUCUCUUGAAAAUCAGCAGAACAGUUUCAGCAAGCAGGAUCUCCACAACAAGCUGAAAUCUCUGACAGACAAUGUCAAUGGCCUGACUGGAGCUGUGACAGGGUUAGGAGACUCAAUGAGCAAGUUUAGCCAGGACCUUGAGGCCUUGAAUUCUAGUUGUUGCCUGGCAGGGCAUGCAGAAUUGGGCCAGAGACAAUCAGGGGUACCUCCUCAGUCUCAUGGAGAGGUCAAACUUAGUCCCAUCCAGGUGGAGGAGCUCAGAGACAGGCUAGAUAAGUUCAGUUCUCAGGUGACUGCAGAGCUGAACUGGUGUAAGGACAGCACAGCAGGUAUAGCUGAAGGGGUCUCCACAGUAAAUGGCAGGGUGGCUACCCUGGAGAAGUUGUGUGGGAAGCUGGAUGGUGAGGCAAAUGAAAUUCAGGACAUAAAAUAUAAGCUGGAGAGAGACUUGGCACAGAUGAACUCCACUUUGCAGACGCAUUCUUGGGAGAUUGGCACACUACAGACCAACUUGCUCAACGUUCAGAGUCAGCUUGCAGUGCCCAAGGACCAUACCACAAAACAGAAAGAACUGCCAGUGAAACAAGAAAGACCAGCCACUGUCCCGGAUUCAAGGACUUCAACCCAGCACAGGCUUAUCCCUCAUAUCCAUAUCCCUCUGAUAAUCCCUCCCCAAAGGACAGUGCCAGUGACUGCCCACCAGCCCCAGGCCCCACCACAGCCAGGCCGGCCAACCCAGCGUCGACCAGUUCUGGAGGCUGGGGAGGCCGGACCCCCAGGCUACGCUCGCAGAUUGAACACCAGAAGAGAGCGUGAGUCUGAGGAUGCUGAAAAACCAGUGAAAGGAUUUGCAGGUGCACCAGGUUAUUUUCCCGUCAGUCCUGUGCCAUAUAAACCUAACCCAAUUACAGUUUCCCGAGCUGCAUGGAAUCCUGCGCAACGACUUGUCGCAGCACCAGUGGCAUCAGAGAAAAACCCAUUUGUGGAGCCCUUCUCCUUCUCUGCUGGACUCACACAGCAGACGUUUUCAGGGGAUUUUGGCAUCAUCCGAUUCAACAAGGUACUGGUCAAUGAUGGAGGACACUACGACCCCCAAACAGGGAUCUUCACCGUGCCUGUGGAUGGACGCUAUCUUGUCACAGCCGUCCUAAUGGCUGCACGGCGCGAGCGGGUCGAGGCUGUGCUCUCUGUGUCCAACCGCAGUAUUCAGAAACUGGACACAGCGGGCUACUCCGGGCCAAGCGGACACCUAUCUCCUCAGGCGGGCACAUGUGGAGGAUCUGCUUCCUUCAGCUUCAUCCUCUCACUGCGGGCUGGUGACCGAGUGGCACUAGUGCGGACGGCCGGAGCGCUGGCCAUCUCUGAGGCCAGAGAAAUCCUCUCUACCUUCAGCGCCAUCUUCCUCUAUUCGCCUCAGGCCCGGAGAUAGCCUCCAGAUAGAAAGAGGGAGAGCACACAGGAGGACUCCUAUCACUAGCUGUGCAGUCUAUUACAAGCCAGAAGAAACUGCAAGAAAACUUUUUUUCUCAAAGUUACAGGUGGAAAAUCUAAUUUACACAAUUUCCCCCUUACCUCAAAUGUAGUCAGUAAGCCAGGAUAUACAACAUGGCCAAAAGUAUAUGGAAUAAAUUAAAUAAGGAUACAGCUAUGCAGUCUUUAUAGACAAACACUAGCAUAAAUGGGUCAUACUGAAGUGCGCAAUGAUUUUCACUGACAUUUAAGGAUUUUUAACAAGAUUUUAAAGACUUUCAAAGAUGGUAAAAUUUGGUGGAGGAGGAAUAAUGGCCUGUGGCUGUUUUGCAUGAUUUAUGGCGGCCCAGUACAGCAUACAAUGACAUUCCACAGAAUUGUGUGCUUCCAACAGCAGUUGGGGAAGUUUACAGAAGGCCCUGUUCUUUAUCAGGAUCUCAAACAAUCCAGCAUUUAUGGGCCAAAUUAGAAUGCUGACUGUAAGCCAGGCCUUAACGGCCAACAUACGUUUUUAAUCUCACAAAUCCUGUGUUGUGGCGCUGUAGUGGCUAAAUCCCUGCAGUCAUGCUUCAAAAUCUAGUGUAAAUCUCAGAAGAGCAGAUGUUGUAAUUACAGCAGUCGGGAAAUGGGAUCAGAAUGAGUUCAAUGUCCACAUACUUUUGCCCAUGUUGUGUUGGUUCGGUUUCUGAAGUUUGCUUCCAAAGCUAUUAUAGCUAAAGUAAUGGAACGUAUUGUGCUGUGUUAAUCUCCAAAAAGACUUGCUUAUGUAGUUUCUUCUAAAUAUAUAAAAAUUGUUCAAAGUACAGACAAAAAGCAGAUGUCAAAGUGGCUGCUGCUACUGGUUUUAGCUAUGCAACAUACAUUCUUAAAAAUUCUAUUUUUUGCCAAACUGUCAUUUUAAGAAUCUGAUCCUGCAGUAAACCAGCCAGGUUAUCACAGUUUUGGUGUAUGCAAUACUGAUAUGGCAGGAGGCUUCAAAUCAUUCACUUUUUGCUGGGCUCUGACUAUCCUGACCGAAUCUCAGGCCAUCCAUCUGUCAAUGUUUGUUGAAUCAAAUGACCUGAUUCAAUAAACAGAAAUCAUUUUGAUCAAAACAAUAUAGGCCAAUCUUUGAUCACGUCAAGCGUUUACCAAUGUGUUCCAAUAAUAUUUGGAUAUAUGGAGAGAUGGUAUUCUAUCCAUUUUGUGCAGCUUUUCCAAACACUGCAGGCCAUAAAAGCAGAGCACUGAGACAUAUUUAGUAAUAAUCUAUAUGUUUUCAUUGUAUAAAUAAAUACUUUAUCUACUUCAUAUCUUUAUUAUGUAAAAAGUUGUAAAAUUUGAAAACAUUAACAGUUAAUGCUUUAGUCACCCUUUGAGAUCAGAUUGUAGAAAAUCAUUUCAGUACACAUUAGUCAGCCUAGUUUAAAAAAAAAAAAAAGACUUUUACAUGAAUGGUUAAAUGCUUUCAUAUUGUAUAAUGGUGCAGCACACCCACAUAACUCCGCAGUCUUGCAUUGCAGAACAACAAAAAUGAAAACCAAAGCACAAAGAACUACCAAAGGAAGGGUUUGGGGGUGACUUCCAGAAAAGUGCUCUGAAUGAAAGUAGCAAAUCACUCACACAAAGAACCAGCUUUAUAAGCCCUUAAAGGUUUCUUUAUAUGGAACUGUUUGCAAACAGUGGAGUUAAUAGCUUUACUAUUUUGGCUAACAGUGGGUGGAACAAUUACAUGGGAAACGGAUCGAAGAAGCUUAAUCUUUGAGUUAAGAAUGAUAAUAUACUUGGUGUAUAACAGAUAUAGUGUUAAACAGUUGAGUAAUGAGCAGUGAGGGGUUAGAGCAGAAGCGGUUUGAAUCUUUAUGAAUUAGCUUGUUGAAGUGCUAAACAAGGAACACCAGACCGAGCACUAGCUGUUCUCUCAGAGGGUGAGGGCGAAAUUUUCCUGUUUCUCCCAAGAGAAAGAAUGUGGCCUUGGCCCUGGAUAUUUCAUGUUAUUUAUUGCAACACUUCUUGGUGAGGCAUGAAAAUAAUUAAUCUUUGAUCAUAUUAUUUUUCUGUAUCUUUCAGAUACUUAUACCAGAUGCUUGGCACAAAGCAUCUAAUAAACAAAACCAAACCAAAUGUCUGGCUUCUGGUAUAAAUCACUAAAGAAAAGCUGCACUAUAUGAGGUCCACUGUUCAGUCGGUCACAUGUUUUUUUUUAAAUGUGAAAUUAAAAGAAAGCUCAUUGGUCCA